CUGGCGCUUCCCCUCCCACCUCACAAGAGUUCCGGGUUCUUUUCAGCCGAAAGCUUCUCUCUGCCGCCGCUCUAACACGACCAUGGCUCUUUUACUGGAUAACCAAUUCAACGACCUGCCUCCUGACAAGGUGAUAGACACAAAGUUGUUUUUGGAGGCUGUGUCUCAUAUUCCUUUAUUUUUUGACUGCUUGGGAGCAAACGUUUUUUCAAUCAUCAAGUCAGACAUUAAUGGCAACAUAACGAAAAUUAGAGCAGUGUAUAUGAAGGAUCCUGCAAAGUACGUCACCCUGCAGGACAUUGUGGAGGCAGAGCGAGUAGAACAUGCAGCAGAGUGGCCUAAAGUUGGAGCGACACUAGCUCUGAUGUGGCUGAAAAGGGGUCUCCGUUUCAUACAGAUCCUGCUGCAGAGUUUGGCAGAUGGAGAAAGAGAUGAGAACAACCCCAACCUAAUUCGGGUUAAUGUCACCAAAGCAUAUGAACAGGCGCUGAAGAAAUACCACGGCUGGAUUGUACAAAAGAUUUUCCAUGUAGCGUUACAUGCAGCUCCUUACAAAUCAAACUUCCUCAAGGCUCUGUCAAAAGGAGAGGAAGUGAAGGAGGAGGACUGUCUUGCAAAUGUGCGUCAGUUUUUGGUAAAUUACACUGCCACUGUAGAUGCCAUCUACGAGAUGUACACCAAUCUGAACGCAGAGCUGGACUACACGGUGUGACGUCCCGGGACAUCUGUGAAAUUCUCUCACGGGUCAGACGAGUCGACUUUUCAAAGGUGUUUUUAAUUGAAUUACAUUGUUUUCUGUCAGUGUGGUAUUUAUAAAUACUUUUAUCAUGCCUUUUAAAAAUGACUGCGUAAUAUUUGGUCUUAAAAUCAUGAAAAUGCCUUAGAUUGAAAAACAUAUCAAAGGGCUAUUUUUUUUUUUACAGCUCUUACUCUGCAGAAGGAUGUUAUCGUGUGCGUUUAUUUAUGACAAAAACAGGUGGAAUAUCACCUACUUUACAAGACUGCAAACACUGUAACAUGUCAUAAUAUUCGUUAAAACCUUACUUUUCAAAUGUUCUCUACCUCCUGAACCCUGUAGUCACCUCCACUGAUCACCUGGGAGCAGCCUUUGAAGUAAUGUCAAUUUAACAGCUCAUUUCAACUGUGCAUUAUUCCACUUGUGCCUUGGUGUUACUGCACUAAUACACUAAGCUAAGAAAACAAAUCUAGAUGUGUGCAAAUCCAUUUUACCUACAAAGAUAAAAUUUAGCAGAGCCAGACAUAUUUUAUCAGAGGGCUUAACCUGAUUGCAGUGUGUUCAUGUACAAUAGAAGGUGUGUAAGACCUUUGUUUGUAUUGUAUCUGUGGUUCUAUAGCCUAUCUUGUUCCUCUGUCAGAUCUGAUGUGACUUCUUUAAUCAGCAUAACAAUGUCAAACCAAAUGAUUCAUGUUAGCAGUACAUCACCCCACACGUGUAUUAAUAACUUAUAUCUGCAUUUUCUGUAUGAACAGGCUUGUUAUGAAGUAUGAUCAAACGUGUUCUAAUCACGAGAUUUUAAAGUAUGACUUAAAAUAAAAACACAAGUGUAACUA